AUGGUCGUCUACUCCUUCUACAUCUUCGACCGGCACACGGAAUGCAUCUACCUGAAAACAUGGCUCCCCGCCGCCGACCGCCCGACCUCACAACCACCACAACCGCCCCCGUCCUCCUCGGCCGGUGCCGCCGCCGCGCCUCCGUCCCAGCAGCUCCGCCGCGGCAACCAGACGGGCCUGGGCUCGGACGACGCCAAGCUCGUCUUCGGCACCGUCUUCUCCCUGCGCAACAUGGUCCGCAAGCUCGGCGGCGACGACGACGCCUUCAUCAGCUACCGGACCUCGGGCUACAAGCUGCACUACUACGAGACCCCCUCCAACCUGAGGUUCGUCAUGCUCACUGACACGGCCACCCUGAGCAUGCGCAACGUCCUGCACCAGAUUUACAUUAAUUUAUGGGUUGAAUACGUUGUCAAGAAUCCUCUAUCGCCGGCCGAACACAAGGGUGGAGAGGGCGUCAAGAAUGAGCUGUUCGAGCUGGGCCUGGAUCAGUUCAUCAGGGGUCUGAUGUGA